CUAUGAUGGUAUUCCCUUCCUGAUGCACGACUCCACUCUGAAGAGAACCACUAACAUUGCUGAGGUUUUCCCAAAUCGAACACACCUCGAUGCUUCUAUGUUUACCUGGGCGGAGCUACAGCAGCUGAACGCUGGCGCCUGGUUCUUAUUGAGGGAUCCUUUUGGGACUGCAUCAUCCCUGUCUGAGGAAGACUUCUCCCAGGCCCAGAACCAGUCUAUUCCCUCACUGGCCCAGUUCCUGGAGGUAGCAGCCCAUAGCAACAGACUUGUGCUAUUUGACCUGCGCAGGCCUCCGUACGGACAUCCCUACAGUCAGUCUUACAUCAACACCACUCUGCAGGUGGUGCAGGCCCACAUAAACUCCUCACAGGUGCUGUGGCUGCCGUCUGAGGACAGGGAGCUGGUCCAGGCUGUGGAUCCAGAGCUGCAGCAGACCUCUGGAGAAAAGGCUUCUAUUCAAGAAUUGACGGACGGCCACAUCACCAGACUGAACCUGCACUACAGCACCAUGUCACAACAACAGUUCAGUCUCAGGGUCGGGAAGAGAGGGGGAGGUAAAGGGCAGGUGGGUGAGGAGUUCAUCGCAGGAGUGAGGAGAGAGAAAGAGCAGAGAAACGGGGGAGAAAUCCUGGCUAAAGAGGAACUUAUUCUUUAG